AUAGAGGCGGAAGACUUGUAAACACUAGGAAAAUUAGAAUGCAGAUUGUUAAAAAUAGCUGUGAAUUGCUUGAUAAGGUGGCCGUAUUGAAGUAUUUGGGAUCUUGAUCUUCACCUGCGCGUUGCAAUGAUUUCUACCAGCAAGUCUAUCUGGCAAAUUAUUUGAAUUUUUCUAAUAAGAUUUCACCCACCCCACUGAAGGGAAUACAUUUCCUUUUAGUAGUUUAAGUUGAUCAAUGAAGCCCUUUUGAAGGAAUUAGCAAUUUAGAUUUCAUUUGGUUGAAAAGAGAAAAGAAAUUCAUGGCAGCUAAUGAUGAUUUUAACGUCAACCAAGGACGUUUUGGGGUUUUGAUGGGAGUGUGGAUUUUGGCUUGAAAAUCGAGGAUUAUGUAGGGCUUUUCAAGAAUUUCUUGAAUCCUUGAGGAUUUAGUAUUUUUCGCGCAACCUGUUUAAAAUUCCGGGUUUCUAAGGAAUCAAGGUUUUGUUCGUUGAUUUCUCUGUUUCUAGUGCCUCAAAUUUAAGGAUUUCAGAGGUUUUUUUCCCCUUUGGGACUUUGAGACACUAAGCUGAAAGGAUUUCAGAUGGCGACAACUUUGAAAAAUGCAAUUUCUUCUGGGGAAUAUUUUCAAUGGGGAGCCCGCAAGCGUAUGACAUGGGAUAAGCCACACCUAAAGCAGGCCGAGGAGGCUAUGGAGAAUAAACCCGCCAUUCGAUUCGACAGGCGCGUUGUUAGAGCUGACAAAGAAGCUGCUGCAGUAGUAAUCCCUUGUUCCCUAGAUGAAAAGAUAGCACUGCCCUGCAACAAUAGUAGCUCUCAUGCUUUGCCACUUCCUCCAGAGAGUAGUAGGCCGCAAAAUAAGGUUAAUAAUAUAAUGUGCACCAGGAGCAGCAAUUAUUCAAACGGAGCGAACACAGUGCAAGACAACAAGGCCUUGAAUAUGGAGACUUUUGUUUGGCCAAAUGUGUGUCUGAGUCUCUCGCAUGGCGAAAAAGAGGAAGAUUUCCUUGCAAUGAAGGGCUCAAAAUUGCCUUUGCGACCCAAAAAGCGCCUCAAGUGUAUUCAGAGGGCAAUCCAUAAUGUCAUCCCUGGUGGUUGGCUUAGCGAUAUUUGUCAAGAACGAUAUGAAGUCAGGGAAAAGAAAUGUAUAAAGAAGAGACCGAGGGGAUUGAAAGCUAUGGGGAGAGCAGAAAGUGACUCAGAAUAAUCAACUCAGAAUAAUCAGGCAGUUUCAAUCCAAUUGUAUUUCCAAACGAAGAGUUAUUUUGCUGCAUGUAUCAUACGGAGUAUUCAACCACAUUGAUUUGUUUGGUGACAUUUGAGUCUCACCAUUCAGUUUGUGUCUUGCAUGACCAGAAAUUACAAGCUAAGCAUAGAAAUCCCCAGGGACUCUUGAUUGUUGUUUCACCAUGUUUAUGACAUGGAAAGAAAUGUAUAUAAAUCAAAUCACACUGACUAUUGUGAGGGACGCAGCUUUUGAUUUCCGAAGCAAUCCCAAAGCAAUAUCAAUGAUUCCAAUUGCCCUUUAUCUUCAGGAGUUUCUUGUAAAUACUAAAUGUACAUUUCAAAGUAUUUUGAGCUCAAGAAUGAUAAUUAUUGAUGGCGUUCUGAUUGAA